CCUGCCGUACCGUUGGCGUGGAAAAGGAUGUGAACGCAAACCGCAAAUAUUACAUCAACCACUAAUAUUUUUCUUUCUGAUUCGUUUUGCACAUUCGAUCUUAUUCGUCCAGUUGUGGCCUGACACGCUGUUUUUUGUGAACGGCCAGGCUGCAGUAUUAAGAUGAAGAAGAAAACGGUAGAAAAGACGCGUCACGUCUUGGCCUGGAUGAACAAAGCAGAGUAUGAUCAUGUGUUGGAGCAUCUGUACUCCAGAGACCCCGCGCUACAGAAACAUGCGCUGCACAGGAUCUCUGCGUGGAAGGGCAGGUUCGGAUACAACACUCCAGUGGCCGUGGAGAGCACAGCAGACCUGGUUCGGUGUCAGGUGCUGGACAGCACGGGCCAGCUGGAGGCCAAUGACCUGGUGCUGCUCUAUGGCAUGGCACUGGUCCGGUUUGUCAAUCUCAUCACAGAACGGCAGCAGAAAAAAGUUGCUAAACCUUUACGUCAUUUAGCCAGAAAUUUAAAUAUCCCAGAGUGGGUGGUUAACCUCAGGCAUGAUCUGACGCACCGCAAACUCCCGACUCUGAAGUGGUGCAGAAAAGGUUGUGGAUUUGUCCUGGAUUGGUUGCAACAGGUGUACUGGUCUCGACAGCUGGGUGGUCAGCUGACUGAAGACUGGGACUCUUCAUCAGAAGAGGAGGGUGAAGAGGAGGAUGCUAAAAGACAAGAGGGAGAUCUGCUCUUUAAACAGAGAAAGAUAGAGGGACACAAGAAAGUCAGAGAACUCCUCAUCUCUUAUGAACAAGAACAGUUUCAGACGUAUGAAGAGCUGGCAAAGCAUGGAGGACAGAAUAUUGUGUGGCCUGAUGCCAGUGCUGAUCUGAGCUGGAUCCUGACACAAAUCAAACAUUUUGCCACCGAUGCCAGAGACAUCCUCGUUGAUGUAUUAAUGCAUGAUGGAUUUCUUAUUCCCACUGCAGAACAACUGCAGUCUCUGAAUAUUGACCCCUCAGAGGACUCUUUGGAUGUUUUCGCCCCAUGUCUUCCUCGAGUGUUCUUGCUGUUGUGGUUGCCUCUGUUGAAGGUCCUGAAUUCAUCUGUCUUUAUUAUUCUGAUUCUGGACAAACUCUUUGCUGAGCUCUCGAAUGAGCCGACCAAUCACAGAACUUACUACAUUGCCUCCUGGAUCUCUGAAAUUUUACUCUGCAACAGCAAAAGUGAAUCGAAAGCUCACAGACGGCAGAAGAUAAUGAAAGAAAGAAUCUUCAUAUACAGAUUGCAGUUUCCAUGGCAGAAUCUCAUCUCUUCAUGUGUGAAUGCACCAUGUCCAGCAACACCAUUCCUGCUACGACAGAUUUUGAGUGAUAUGGAUAAGCCCCUCCCAACCGACACACAGCAAAACUUGCUUCAGCUCUGCAGCAUCUACACGCAGUGUUACCAUGGAAACUCUUCCCCUGAACCCUCAGACCCUGCUCAGCCUGUCUACACUUUACAGAGCCUUCAGGAGAGGCUCGUUGGUGACACGUCACAGAAUAGGGACACCACCGCUUGUAACCGCACCCCUGCAUCUCUGCAGGCUCCGCCCACAGAGGAGCUCCAGGAAAAGCUAAGCGCAGAAAUUCUACAGGAGAGAAACUCUGCGUUAAAAGGAUCAGCGUGGAGUGUGUGCACAGAUAAGGUUCCCUGGAAACACUAUCCACUAGGGAAGGUUCCUGGACAAUCUGAGGACCCCUCCUGUUUGAUGGUGGAGUCACAUUCGACAUUUACUGUGUUCGACCAGCAGGUGGAGCUCGAUCAACUCCCCCAGCAUCAUGGCAACAGGAAUGUUCCACUUCAGAGCAGAGGGCCCACUGGAUCAGAAGGACCUCUUUGGACUCACAGUGAUCUAAGCAAACUCAAAGCUGGACUCACACUGUUUUAACACACGUACCCAAAUAACACUUGCUUCUGAUGUUCAGUAGCCUGAAGUUACUCUCAACUUCCAUUCCUGAACUAUGAACCCUGUCCAGGCACACACAUGGAUCACGUUAAUUUCACUUGGGGGGGGAAGCUGGACUCAUGCCCUUCUAGAUCAACUCCUCUCUGGUCCUUUUCUCUUUGACAUUAUGAUGCUGAUGUGUGUUUCAUAAUUCGAAACAUGAACAUGUUUUUGUUUUAUAAUUCAAUGUUUGUUAAUGAGAAGAGGAAUAUCAGCUGUCUAUCUUUCCUUAAAAUCUUAAGUUAUGUUGCAAGCUGCAAAUUUGCUUCUUCGUCUUGACAAGGUCCUACAGUGUGCUGGUUCAAAAUAUUCAGGUUUGCAACUCCAAUAUCUCACGAAUUUCUGAUGAUGCUGGUGCUGUUUGAAAAAAAAAAAAAAAAAUGGUAUAUACGGUUUAUAUAAAGUACCUUUUUUUUUACUUAAAAACGUGCAAAAAUAAAAACAAAUUGUAUUGUGUGUUUUAUCUCAGUGCUAUGCCUCUGUUUGGGACAAAAAUAUAGCCAUGUGCUUUCUCUUCAGGUCCUUGGUUAAUAGUAUCUAUCCUUAUGGACCCCUGCUCUCUGUCGUAAUCCCUUACUCACUAUAUUUUUCCUCUUUUGGAAAAUUAGUGAAGUGUAAUGGCGCCUUUCUGUUUUCUUACACUAUUGGAACAAAUGGGAAUGCACGUAUACUGAAAUGAACCCUGCUAUAGUUUGUUUCCCUGUGAAAUGGAAAUAAACUAAUGUGAUAAGCAUUCAUUCCCUUUUUUGAGUGGACAGUAGAGUAUUUUUUAAUGGCAUUAUACACGAUCAACCAAUAGGAACACAGGCAUAAUAACAGUUAACCAAAUAGAGUCUGGCUUUAUUGAGAGAAACAAACACCUUUUGUCAUUGAGACUUACAUUUUGUUUGAGUCCGUAGACCCAAAGCAUUAUAAAGUUUUUCCACCCUUUUCACUUUUUUUUUGGUUCACGUUUUUGUCGUAUUUAAAACAAGUUCAAACGCAACAUGUUUCAUUCAGUAGAGAGUAAAACAUACUAUUGUAUGUCAUCACAGCACUAGACUCAAAAGUGUUAAGACCAAUCAGUCAACCUGCAAAAGCGCGAAGAAACCCACGAUACAAGGGGAGGAAAAUGUUAAAUGAACAGCAAAACUUGAAUUUAAGAUCACAUUUUCAAGAUUAUCCACACUACUGCACAAAUCGCCGCAAUUAGCAUUUUAUAAGAGCAAACAUCAAGGAUAAUAUCUUUCAUAAAUUAUUUGUAAUAAUAGUACUGCUGUUAGUUCCUGAGAAUCAAUGUGUUGAUGAGAGUGUGUUUGUGUAAGUGAGUUAUAGCUGGUAUAGUUCAGUAUUGAGAAUAUACAUUUAAAUGUACAGAUUACAUGAACUCUACAGCCAGUGACCUUAGAAAUCCUACUGAGCUAACUUUUUGGUGAGAAAUGCCCAUCUAGGAUUGCUUUUUCUUUUCUUUGGGCAUGUUAGUUUGUCCUGUAGCUUCUCUUUCUUGGACAUUCUUGACACACUUAAUCUAAAAAUCAGCAAGUCCAUUCAAUGUACUGAUUUGAGAAUGACUUGAAUUUCAAAAUGACAAGCAGGACAGAGAAUCAUCAUCAUUUAUAUUUGCACUUUCUCUUGAUGGGCAAUACGAGCAAGAAGCAAAGUGUGCAAUGCUGUACAGUCUGUGCUCGACUAGCAAAACAAAAGAGGUUCAAACUGUAAGGCAGGUUACAAGGUGUGUAUGUUCAUAUUUAAGUGGACAUCUUUCAGUACAAGAGUUCAAAUUUCACUGGUGAGAGUGUGUGUGUGUAUCUGUGAGUCAACUUCAAGUUAAUCAAACUCACUUAUUGGUUAAAGUAUAUUUUUUUACAAUAUUCUACAAAUUCCAUAAAAAACUGAAGUUUCAUCAUUAACCCGCAAAGGCACCUCCAUGUCUGUAGAUGUAUCUGUAGAAGGUAAACUAUGUUACAGGUGAUGGCUGUGAAUUUACCAUAAAUUACCAUAAAUUCACACUAGUGCAUACACAAUAGUCAACCAUUUACAUUAAAUCAUUACUAAUGAUAGCAUGUGAUCACUUAAGCUCACUGUGGUAGUCAUGGUAACCCGUUUAGUCUAUUUGUGUCUGUUUGAGAGAGAUCCUGCUCUGAUAAGAUGGUAGAUUUAGAUUGCAGGGUGUCUGGGUAUGCAAAAUGCACAAAUACUGUGCAAAUAUAUGAGGUUUGAUAUUAUUUGCAAUAUUUACAUAGAGAAAAAUAUAUUAGGAACACACACUAUACAGAAUGCGUCUCUCCUGAAUCUAUACCUUCAACAGAGAGAGGAAAUUAUAUAAAUCCACAUCCUAAAUCCUCAAGCCAAACAGAAAGGAAGUUUAGCUCCAUUGAGAGAAACUUUAACUUUCCAAAAUAAUAUAGAAACAGAUGCCUUAAAUCUACAUGUUCCAUAUUACAUAUCGAGUCAUGGAAAAGUGGAGAAGAGAGAGAGAGAGAGGUCCUUGUAUGUAGUGGUCUGCCUGGCAGGAAAUAAGCCAUCUCUAUGGGCUACUCAAGUGACACACGGUAUCACUGACAUUAUGGCAUUAUAUUUCUUUAUCCAUUUUUUUCUUUUUUAUAAACAAAACUAAGCUUCUUUUUUUUUUUUUUUAAAUAUAUAUAUAUAUAUAUUUAUCAUAUAAGUGUUACACUGUACAGCUCAGAAAUAUAUAUAUUUUUUUUACAAUCAAGAAAUAGAUACAAUUUGUAUCAACAAGCAAAAGGUCGUUUCUGGACAUUUGAUGUGUGGUAGCUUGCUGCUCAACUGUUUGUAAACGAGGAUCUGAACCUAGAAGCACAAGGAGCAGACAACUAUGUCUUAAUUUACACUCUUUAAGAAAAAAGACUGCUCUAGAAAGAAACAAUAUCCUUUGAUUAGUUUGCUCCUAGGUUCAGUGGAGAAGGAGACCCAACCCUAAAGAUACUUCCAUCUCUGGAAAUCAAAUACAUGUUUAGGCUGAAACAUACUUUAUGCAAACAACACAAACGCUUGCAGCUAUGCAAGCUCAAAUUCACACAUUCUGAAAUGUGUCUGAACUAGAGGUCUGCUUCCAAGUUUAUUCCUGGGUUUGUAAUUUAUAAUAAUAAAAAAUAUAUAU